AUGCCGCCGCGCUCUAAAUCAUUGAAGUCCCGAAAGGCUCUUGAAAGGAAGGAAAGAAAGCUACUGGAAGCCAGAAUAAAAGCAUCUCGAGAGAAGUGCGAAGAAGGACAGUUAUUCCUUGAACCAACAGGUCGCAAUGCACAUCCAAACUACGCCAAGGCCACGGCCGCUCUUGAAGCGGCGUUGGAGACUUAUGAUGGAAAUGCUGAUGCUUAUUUCCUAAUGGGAGAGUGCCUUCGUGGUCAAGAUGAGCACGAUAAAGCCAUUGAAUACUAUACUCAAUGCUUGGGGAGAGACCUUGCGAACUUCCGGGCACUCGAGGGACGGGCAGCUAGUUAUAUGGCUCUACAUAAAUGGUCUCUCGCUUUUGAGGAUUACAGUGCCGUUAUUCAACUAGAGCCAGAAAACGAUCACGUGUAUAAUCUCAGAGGGUUGUGCACUUUGUCUACACGCGUUCCGGGUCUUCGGUUGCUUUCUGUUGAUUUUAAUCAUUGUGUUGGUGAUUUUCAAACUGCGCUUCGGCUCAAUGAAGCGAACUACUAUGCGUGGGCAAACCUGGGAAGAGCAUAUGAAGACCAGGGGAUGCUGAAGGAAGCACUGAAUGCUUAUUCUUCUGCGUUGAAAGUGAAAGAGGAUUAUGCGGAUGCUCAGGUGCGUCGUGCUUGUCUUGCUUUACGCAUUGUGGAGAAUAGUUGGGGAUAUGACGAGGAUCAGGGUAACGGAGUUGAAAAACCGAAACAGAACGGUAGGAUCACCUCCGGGGUGGUAUCAAUCCCAAAGUCUGUUAAGGAUGUGGAGGAUGAGGUGCGCUUGGAAAUGGACGCGGUGACACAAAGGCAGAAGGAAGAGGAACUACUAAAUGAUGCCAUUAGAGACUUCCAAGCGUUAAUGGCAGAAGCCACAAACAAGAUGAAAUGGGAUCCUUGCUUGCCUUUGAAUUUAGGUAGUUGCUUUCUCCUACAGAAGAAUCUUAACAGAGCGGAAGAGGAAUUUAAGUUAGUGAUGGAAAUCAUCAACACCAGACCGCAGCUUGUUGCAGAUGGCGAGGCUGAACCUAUCCCAAAUGUUGAAGCCAUAGAGAAGGUACUUAACCUCAAAAAAGCAAUAGUCAAGACAACCAGAAAUCAGCGCUUCCUUGCAGAAAAACAACAGAUUUAG